UUGGUCUGUGGAGGGCUUACGCUUGGCGCCGCACGCGGUCGACGGCUUAAAUUUUGCAGCCUAAAAACUUCACCGCAUUUCCCUCCACAUUCUCUCUCUCUCUCAUUUCAUUUCUGCAUUCUCUCUGCCUGCAAUCCACGUUUUCAAAAUCUUUCUCCCUCCAAAUCCCCCUCCACCCGAGAACCAGAAAACAAACCCCACAAAUGCUUCUCCACCUUUGAUUUGACAUUCUCUCUCUCGAAAAACCCAUCAUUUCUAAUGCCAUGUUGAUUUCGCAGUCGCGGUUGUGUUGAUUUAGCAUCACGCUGCGCGCCGUGAUGUAGGAACGAGUAUUUCAAUGAAAGCUUAUCAAGAAUGGUGACUGAUGACUAAGGGGAAACUUCAAUGUGAAGAUUCACAAGUGGAAAACAGUCGAGGGAAGGGUCCUGUACCGAAAGGUAGUUUUCCGGAGAUCAAUUGGCUGCAUCACGCUAAUAGGGUUGAAAAUUUCUCAUGUCAGGAUAAGCAUCUGAUCUCAAACUUCCAAUACUCUUUACCAAAUCAAAACCCUUUUUCAGAGGGAAAGCAACCUCAGAGGUCAAUGCCUUGUGUGGUGCAACGUCCUGAAACGCUGCCCAAUAUGUUUCAAGUAAAAAAGAAUUUUGAUGCGGUCACUAGACUUCUGGUUAAAUGCAAAGGGUAUUUAAGACCUGGGAUUACUGCACCAGUUGUUCAGAGCAGGGUUUCCGAUACUACUGCCUCAAAGAAAUCAUAUUUUACUGAGGAUCAUCAAAAAACAAAUUCUCUAUGCAAUUCGUCUUAUGACUACCCAAAUGUGGCUUCUGAAGAAAUGAAAACACGGGCCCCAAAUCUUACUGGAACUAUGAUGGCUGGAGUUUCACAGCAACAUCAAAGGAAUCUCAGUUCACAUGUUGUUGCAUCUAUGGAUGGCAGAUCUAUUAGCCAUGUUAGUGAUUCUCUACUUGGAACUGAGAUGAGCUCCACCAGAACUGUUAUGGAUAAGCGUGAGUUUGGGCAUGUAGAUGCAGAGGUAACAUCAACAGUGACUCCUGGCAAGCCCAAUAUGCAUGUCCCUCCAUGCAAUGAGUUUGGAGAAACUAUUUUUGAUGCUAUUGAUGAUGAUGAAAUUCUAAAGAGCAUUGAUGUUGACCAGAUAGUUUUGAAACACUAUGAAGCUACUGGCACCCCACAGCCAUCACUUUCUAACAUUUCACCAGUAUCGCCUGUGGGGAAUAAAGGGAAUAUAAGAUAUCCUAAUGGAUGUCCACCACCACCUGAAUUGAACACAAAGUGUAAUCACAAUUUUGAGGUAUCACUUUGUCCCAAAGCCGCAUUACAUUUGCAGGAGAUGAAAGACCGAUUGAUUACUGUUUCAAAUGAACUUCUUGACAAUGCUACUAAUCUUAUCCCUGAAAACUCAGAAAAGCUUCGUCAGGAACGGUUGCAGUUGAAUAAACAGAUUCAACAUCUUGAAAAAUAUCUUCGUUGCUCAGGUGGGGAUGAAGAGAGACAAAGGUCUCAUUCCUUAGCAUCUACAUCAACUGCUGGGGUCUUCAAUCCCCAGACUCCUCAUAAUGUUAAAAUGUCAAAUAGUUACACUAUUGAUCCACCAAGGUUCGAUUCUCCAUGGUGUAAUCCAUCACCGAUGCCCUUUUUUUCUGUAGAAAGGAGUUUUGAUCAGUCACGCUAUGUAGAAAGGGAACUAUUUACUCGGAAGUUUGUUGAAGUAAAUUACACAGAUGGUUCUUGUGAUUCAAGGUGGAGUCUUACAAGCUUUCCAUGGACAAAGAAGUUAGAGGUGAACAACAAGAAAGUGUUUGGAAACCAUUCAUUUCGUCCUAAUCAAAGGGAAGUGAUUAAUGCAACUAUGAGUGGACAUGAUGUUUUCGUGAUGAUGCCUACUGGUGGCGGAAAGAGCUUGACAUAUCAGCUUCCUGCUCUUAUCAGUCCAGGGAUCACCUUAGUUGUUUCCCCUUUGGUCUCCCUUAUUCAGGAUCAGAUCAUGCAUUUGUUGCAGGCGAAUAUCUCCGCUGCUUACCUUAGUGCAAAUAUGGAUUGGAGUGAGCAGCAACAAAUAUUUAGAGAGCUAGCUUCAGGUUGCUGUACUUAUAAGUUAUUGUACGUGACGCCAGAAAAGAUUGCAAAAAGUGAUGUUUUAUUGAGGCACUUGGCUGAUCUGCACAACCGGGAGUUAUUAGCCAGAAUAGUUGUUGAUGAGGCUCAUUGUGUAAGCCAAUGGGGGCAUGAUUUUCGACCAGAUUAUCAGGGUCUUGGUAUUUUGAAGCAAAAAUUUCCCACUGUACCUGUACUAGCAUUAACUGCGACUGCCACCGCAAGUGUACGGGAGGAUGUGGUGCAAGCUCUUGGUCUUGUUAAUUGUGUGGUUUUCUAUCAAAGUUUUAACCGCCCAAAUUUGAGGUAUUUCAUAAUUCCAAAGACAAAAAGGUGCUUGGAGGACAUUGAUAAAUUCAUCAGAGACUACCAUCACGAUGAAUGUGGGAUAGUAUAUUGUCUUUCAAAAAUAGAUUGUGAGAAAGUUGCAGAGAGAUUACAGGAACUGGGUCACAAAGCAGCAUUUUAUCAUGGCAGCAUGGAACCUCAACAACGAGCAUAUGUCCAGAAACAAUGGAGCAAAGAUGAGAUCAAUAUAAUCUGUGCUACUGUGGCCUUUGGAAUGGGUAUCAAUAAACCUGAUGUGAGGUUUGUCAUCCAUCACUCUCUACCCAAAUCUAUUGAAGGUUAUCAUCAGGAGUGCGGACGUGCCGGUAGGGACGGUCUUCAGUCCUCAUGCGUGUUGUAUUACAGUUAUAGUGAUUAUAUGCGAGUCAAGCAUAUGCUUGUUCAAGGAGCUAGUGAACAAAACUCCUCAACAUAUGGGUCUGGGCGUGCACCUGCUAUAAAUUCUGGGAGGAUAUUGGAAGCGAACAUUGAGAACCUUUUGCGCAUGGUUAGCUAUUGUGAAAAUGAUGUAGAUUGCAGAAGGUUAUUGCAACUUGCUCAUUUUGGGGAGAAGUUUGACCCCAUGAAUUGUCGUAAAACUUGUGACAACUGUUGCAAGAAUAUCACCUACAUUGAGAAGAAUGUCACAGACAUUGCAAAGCAACUGGUGGAAUUAGUCAAAUCAACGGGUCAACGUUUUUCAUCAGCACAUAUUUUGGAAGUAUACAGGGGUUCCUUGAGUCAGCAAGUUAAGAGGUACAAGCAUGAAUUGCUGAGCCUUCAUGGAGCUGGAAAACCUCUCUCCAAAGGAGAUGCUUCUCGGAUAUUGCGCCAUAUGGUCACUGAAGAUUUCCUAGUCGAGGAUGUUAAAAAGAGUGAUACUUAUGGAUCUGUGUCAUCAGUUUUAAAGGUAAAGGAAGCUAAGGUACAGGGUAUUCUUUUUGGCAAUUGCAAAAUCACUUUGAGAUUUGCUGUCCCCCAAAAGGCAAAUAAACCAGAGAAGCCCGAAGUGACUCCAGCUAAGGGCCAACUUCAACUAGGGAAGACACCCAAAAUAUAUGAUAGUCCUACACAACCUCAAUCAGAGGCGGAUCCGAAACUCUCAGCACUACUUUUUUCUGCAUUGCGCACACUUCGAACCAUGCUUGUGAAAGAGGCUGGUGAAGGAGUCAUGGCUUACCACAUCUUUGGAAAUGCCACCUUGCAGGAGAUCAGCGAGAGAGUUCCAAGAACAAAAGAGGAACUUUUGGAGAUUAGUGGCAUUGGAAAGGCAAAGAUAAAGAAAUAUGGAGAUCGUUUAUUAGAAACAAUUGAAUCUACGCUGAAAGAAUACCAUAAAUCAGAGAAAAAUGUCAGUGGCAAUUAUGAAAACAUUGAAUCUUACAAGAGGAGGCGAGAGACAUCUGUUACUCCAACUACAAAUCCCCUCCCAAAUGAUGACUUCUUUGAGGAUGUAAGUUUGUCAAAGAAAAGGGUUACUGAUGUGGACAAAAAUGAGAUAAGGGACAAGUUUAGUUCAGUGGCGGCGGAAAAGUGGGACAUGGAUUGCAGAGAUGCAGGGAAUAAGUGUGUCAUAGAUCUUGAUGAUAGUGAAAUGACCGAUGACCAUCACGGUCAAGGGGGGAGAAUCUUGCCUACUUGGUUGAACCCAAAGAGCAAACCUGGUGGUUCAACUAGUCCUUUGUUUGAAGACUAUGCCUUCAGGAGCCAAACUUGAUCAGAAUCUUUAGCAAAAUUGUGUACAGUAUUACGUUCAUGUAUCCAUCUCUUUUGUGGUCUUUCUGAUCCAUACUGAUGGGUGUUGCUAUCAGAUUCUUAUUAUAAAUUAGUUAUGAUCUCAUCCCCAUACUGAUCUGAGCAAAAUAUCUCUUACGAUGGGAAAUGCUGCUUGGGUUGGGACUUAUUUGAACAAAAUGUUAUCAGAUGCAGCUCUAAAUGUCGUAGAAUCACUUUGUUUUGAAAUUCUAGAGUGGAAACCAGUUGAAAACUCCGGCAAUUCCUGUGACAUGAACCUAGAAUCUAAAUGAUUUCCCUUUCUAAACCAUCUGCUCUAAAAGGCAUGUAAACUUAUAAUGUUCUCUGGGAACAUGCAAUUUUGUAAAGAGGCAUCUUAUUUAUUAUGACAGCACCUUCCUUUUAGUGUUCCA